AUGGACAUUUGGCUCGUUCACGGACUGCUGGGAUGCGUGGCAUUCUUCCUCGUUUGGCCGUUGGGAAUCGUUAAACUGUGGGCGAAGAAGAGUCGGUGGCCAAUACAGCACUGGGCAAUACAAUCGACUGGCCUACUUAUCUUGAUGAGCACAGCUGCUCUGGGACUGUUGAACAGCGGCAGUCUGCAUCACCCACAUCAAGUCUUGGGCCUGGGCGUGUCCAGCAUGGCGCUGUUUCAGAUGAUCCUCGGGCAUGCCAACUCGCUGAAGAGCCGCAAGACGACAACGUAUAUCAAUCUCGCUCAUGCUAUUCUAGGAUUUUCGACGAUCUUGCUCGGCUGGCUCACCAUUCUCGCUGGGUUCUGUUUAGCGUCGCUCGACUCCACGUCCUUCAUCGUGAUCGGCUUGCUGUCUGCAAUUGAAGUCUUGGCCCUUGUCGCUGGCUCAGUGGUUAUACGAUGGCGUGCCCAGAGCACAUCACAACUGGACGGCGUGGGGAAAGAGGCUGAUGGAUCUGAUAGCAGGCUUUACACGCUUGCUGAGGAUGAAAACGACGACGAACAAGACGGUGCGGCCUACAAAGACGAGACCACUCCAACCCAACAAUCUGCUGGUACAAUGCAUGAAAAGUCCCCCGUCUAG